AUGGCGAAGAAAGGGAAAGCCAAAAAUGGACCUGUGAAAGCGGAGGCUACAUCGGAUGAAACAGCAGUAGUAGUAGCAGCUCCAUCUGAAAGCACUCCCGUGGAAGUGGCGAAACCCGUGGAAGAACCAGUCAAAACCACUGUUCAAAAGCCAGCUGAAGUUCCUAAAAUAUCUGAUGAGCCAGUGAAAGAAGCAGCAAAAUCAGUGGAAUCCAAGAAACCGAAUACACCCCGACAAAAGCAAAAAGCUCCCCCAAAACCAAACGAAGAAGCAAAGAAAAAGGAACCUCAAUCGAAAGAACCCCCAACCCAAGCACCCAAUCCGCUGCAGAAUGGAAACGUAACAAUGGCAGAGUCUACCGCGCCCGAAGGUACUGCCAGUGAAGCCGAAGGCACUCAAACUAUUAAACGAAAGCGUAAUCGAAGACAUCGUAAGAAGAAAACUCUCACUGAAGGUGGAGAAGCUGGCCAGCAGCAGCCACCGACGGCUACACAGCCAGGCUCAUCCGAUGAACAAAAGCCAAAAAAGGAGCACAAGAAGAAACGUGCGAAGAGACUGCGUGCUUUGGCCCUAGCUGAGGCAGCUGCCAACGCCCAGAUAGCGGCAGCUGAAGGAGCCACGGAACAGCAACCGGACAAGAUCGAACAGUUGCAGAAAAAAAUUGAAAUAGCCGAAAAAGUCCUCCAACAGGUCCAGCAGCAGACCCAAGAGGAACAAAAGAAAGUAGAAAAUUUGAAACCAGAAUCUCCGAAACAGCAGCAGAAGCAGAACAAUAAACGCAACCGAAACGAUUCCGAAACACAGAAGCUCGCUCAAAAGGAAGCCGAAGUAAAGAAAAUUUCCGAAGAGAAGAAAGAGAUCUUGAACGAAGCGAAAAAACUGCAAGAAACCAAAGCCCGAAAGCAGCAGGAGAUUCAAAAGUUAUUAGCCGAAAAAGCGCAAAAAGAAGAGGAAGCCAAGAAACUCAUAGAGGAAAAGAAUCGCAAAGAAGCCGAAGCGGCCAAGCUAAACGAGCAGAAAGCUCGCAUUGAAGCGGUUGAGCAAAAGAUUACCGAGUUGGAACAACUCAAAGUUGACCCCAUCGCUAAGCAGCCACAACAGCAGCAACAGCAGCAUAAGGAAUCCGAUUCAGCAAAGAAAGCAACGGAGCAGAAAGGUAAACCCGAAGGCGGCGACAAAAAAGUCGCAGCCGAUAAUGGUGCUGCGGAAAAGUUAGCAACCGAAAAGUUAAAUGCCGACAAGGCCGCUGCCGAAAAGAAGGCUGCAACUGAAAAGGCCGCUGCCGAAAAGAAGGCUGCGGCUGAGAAGGCUGCCGCUGAAAAAAAGGCUGCAGCUGAGAAGGUUGCAACCGAAAAGAAGGCCGCUGACGAAAAGGUGGCGGCUGAGAAAGCAGCCGCUAAGAAGGCCGCUGCAGAGAAAGCAGCAGCUGAGAAGGCAGCAGCUGAGAAAGUAGCGGCAGAGAAAGCAGCAGCUGAGAAAGCAGCAGCUGAGAAAGCAGCAGCUGAGAAAGCAGCAGCUGAGAAAGCGGCAGGCGAGAAAGCAGCAGCCGAGAAAGCAGCAAAAGCAGCAGCUGAAAAGGCAGCAGCUGAGAAAGCAGUAGCUGAAAAAGCGGCAGCUGAGAAGGCAGCAGCCGAGAAAGCAGCGAAAGCUGCAGCUGAAAAAGCAGCAGCCGAAAAAGCAGCGAACGCAGCAGCAGAAAAAGCAGCAGCUGAGAAGGCAGCAGCAGAAAAAGCAGCAGCUGAGAAGGCAGCAGCAGAAAAAGCAGCAGCUGAUAAGGCAGCAGCUGAUAAGGCAGCAGCUGAGAAGGCAGCAGCUCAGAAGGCAGCAGCUGAGAAGGCAGCAGCAGAAAAGGCAGCAGCAGAAAAGGCAGCAGCUGAGAAAGCAGCAGCUGAGAAGGCAGCAGCUGAGAAGGCAGCAGCUGAGAAAGCAGCAGCUGAGAAGGCAGCAGCUGCGAAAGCAGCAGCUGAAAAGGCAGCAGCUGAGAAAGCAGCAGCUGAGAAGGCAGCAGCUGCGAAAGCAGCAGCUGAGAAGGCAGCAGCUGAAAAAGCAGCAGCUGAAAAGGCAGCAGCUGAGAAAGCAGCAGCUGAGAAGGCAGCAGCUGAGAAAGCAGCAACUGAGAAGGCAGCAGCUGAGAAAGCAGCAGCGGAGAAGGCAGCAGCUGAGAAGGCAGCAGCUGAGAAGGCAGCAGCUGAGAAGGCAGCAGCUGAGAAAGCUGCAGCAGACAAGGCAGCAGCAGAGAAAGCAGCGGCAGAGAGAGCAGCAGCGGCUCAGAAAACAGCAACAGGCAAACUUGCUGCUGAGAAUGUCGUCGCUGAUAAAGUUAAUGUUGAAAAGCUUGCUACUGAGAACAAAACUGCUGGAAAAGUCGCUGAACAACCCACAACUGAUAAUACUGCUGUAAAAAUUACUGCACCAGAAAAUGUUUCUGUUCAAAAGCCAACAGCUGAAAACGGAGCUGCAAAGAAAACUGAAGCCAAACAGAACGACAACAAACUUAAACCUGAUCAUAAAGGGAACAAUAAGAAAAACAAACGGAGUCCGAAGAGUAGCGUUUCAGAAGACGAAAAAUUGACCGGUCCAAAAAACGUGGAAAGCAGCGAUUUUGUCUCAUCUGUUAAUCCCGAACCAGUUGUAGCAAAAUCGCUAGAAACCGCUGCCAUUGCUGCUGUAGCCCCAGCUUGUCCGGUUGCCGCUACUAAAGCAGAAGAAACUAAGCCCGGCUCACCAGAAAAGACUGUCUUGGCAAAGCAAAUCACGACGGAUCAAAAGAAGGCACCGACUGCAAAAAGCAACGGAAACGGUGCUAAACCGAAAACACCUCCACCACCGACGACUACGUCUAAGCCACAGACACCUUCAAAAUCACCUGAAAAGACACUGCCGAAAGUCACUACCCCCACUCCAAUCAAAAAGGCACCUUCUCCACCGAAAACAGUUCCUUCUCGGGCCUCGCCAAAACCUGCAACUCCUCCAACAACUCCAAAUCCUACCAAGAAACCCGAACUCCCACCAAAACCUGAAUUCCUAAAGAAGAAGUCUCCUUCAGUAGAAACGGACAAGCAGCCAGUCGCUAAAACGUCAACACCGCCUGCAGUUGCGCCCGUUCCUGCCCCAGAGACUACGACGCCACAGGUACCAACUGCAUCUCCUGCUCCAUGUCCUGCCCCUGAACCUUCCAGUAUCGUUCCUACAAGUCCCUCCACCGAUCUUCCCACGCCGGAUGCAAACGCCGCGGCUGCAACCCGACUAACGGAAGAAUUAAAUGGAGCAGGCGCCAGAAAACCCGCAGUCAGUCCGAGCAAGGUAAAAUCACUUCCCAAAAAGCCAGAAGUUCCACCGAAACCGGACAUCCACAACAAAAGUGCAGCCAAGAUGAAGACUCCUAUCAAGCAGCCCGCAGCCGCUGGAUCGAAGGCCCCAACGGUAACGAACGACCCGAUACAGAAUGUAAACGUGACAUCAAUUCAGUCUGAUUCUAGGUCCCCGGCCACGGAGCAAAGUAGAUCGGAAGCAUUUAAGAAAAAUAUGGAAAUUAUUUCCACCCUUGCCGAUAUCCUUCUAUCCUAUCCUAAGAAAAAGAAAAAUCCCCCCUCCUCAGACAAUCCUAACUCAUCCAGCGCAAUCACACCAUCCAGUAGUACAGCAAACACCAAUCCGAACCAACCGCCGGUAGAUGCCGACAAACCACAAGAAUCAAAAGCCAAAAAACCGAAAUCGAAUCUGAAUCUCGAUCGUAUACUGUCCAUUUUGCAAAGUACCCAAAGGCCUGCGAAAACUAACGACGCUGAGGCAACAUCCGCAUCUAUGACACCCCCUGUCACAUCAGUGCCAAAGCCGAUUGUAGAUCCUAGCUCGCCCCAACAAGCCCUUUUAACCAAAGAUGCUAUCCGUAUUUUGAUGCCUACCUUGCAGGAGGUUAACGUGAAGUUCAACGUUGAAAAGCAGCUCGCGGCGCUCAAUGCGACCGCAGCUGCCGCUAAACUGAUGCCAAAGACUCUUCCACCCGGUACGAACACAACCGAGGAAGACGAGCUCGAAGAAGAACUAGACGAAGAGGAAGAAUCCAUCGAGUACAAGUUUGCACCUCGUCCGGUAUUCCUGGCCACCAAUUGUCAAGUAUGUAAAAACCCGCUAAAAAGCAUGGUUCAGUGUGAAGUUUGCCGCAUGGUUUCCUACUGCGGAGAAGAUCAUCGGCGAGCAGAUGCCAGCAACCACAGAGAUCUUUGCAGUAUCAUAGCAGAGCUCGCAAAGCGAAGAGGUGGUCACAUCUACAACAUGGCACACAAGUUAACAGACGACGAGUACCGCAAUCUUCGCGUCCAUACACUGAAUCAAUCGGAGCAGAUGUUAAAACGACCGCUUCAACCAUUCGAACGGGAAGUCCUCCUUUUCCCCCGGACGUGCUGUUCACCCAGUUGUCGUGAGUGGAGACAGGACCUUCUCACAGAAUGUAAAGAAUGUCGCCAAAUAUCGUAUUGUGCCGAGCAUCCGGAACACCUCUUACCAACGCACAAAAGCUGGUGCAAAUCGUUUUUCCUCUUCCAAAAGCUCAUUCUUCGUCAGAAACUUCUCGGUCGCAUCGAGCCGGAACUACCGAUUCGCAUAGCUGGAAAAACGUUCACUCUCCCACCAAACAUCGAUGAAGUCAUCAAACUGCUCUACAAAAACUCAAAUGCACUUCGAGACGAAUGUGUUUACGCAACGUUGACACAGAUCGCCACUGCACCGCUGACCGCACUGCACGGCUACCUGCAGACCGGUCUGAAGCCGACGGAAACCUUCACCAUCCAUCUGGUCGGCGCCGAGUUGCAGUUUGAAGGCGACACCCUGGACAAGUGGGAAGCAUUCUUCCUUCACAUCGUACCGGAAAUCACCGAACUGCGGAUCGUGUUUGUGGGACCCGAGCUGAACGUCGAGAAUCUACCGAUCGAUAUCAUCAGUCGAAUUCGAAUGUGCCGCACUUGUCGUCUCAAGUGCCGUAUCGUGAAAUUUGACUUCCAGUGUCGUCAAUUCUAUCACGACUACCGCCAGGACUCCUGCUACAGUCUUCCGAACUUGAUUUGCUUCUUCAAUCCCGGCUUGCAUCGGCCUACCGGUUUCGGCUGUUUGAACACUUGGCCAAAAACCAUACUAGCCGCUACCGGUGCUAGCUGUCCCCUUGUGGUUACGGCGUACACGGAAUACGAAUGCCCGCUGGAUCUGGCACGGCUACAACAGGAAACUAAACGACCCUUGGAAAUCGUCCAGCAACCGACUUUGAAUCCCUUCGCUUCACAGAGACCAGACCGUAAUUUUAUCUCAGCGGAGAUCGCACCGCUGAUCUUUAAAAACUUUUACUAUUUUGUGGUGAAAUAG